AUGAAUGAUUCUAAUGAUAUUAAGAAAAAAGAAAAUAAAAUAAAAGCUAUAAAUGUAUUUAGAGAUGAAGAAGAUGUAAAAAAGAAUGUAGAAGCAAAAAUAAGAAAAGGAAAGAGUAAAAAAAGGGGAGAAUCAUACGAAACUAAAAAACAUACCCAAAAAAAAGGCACUUAUAAAAAAGAGUUACAAAAAAAUGAUGGUAUAGAAAGAGAAAGUAUAAAAUUAACAGAAAAAAAAAAUGAUAAUGAAAAAAAGGAUAAAAAUAAUGAAAUGAAAAAAAAUAUUAUACAAAUAAACAACUCAACAAUAACAACAAAAAAAAAAACAGAUGAAGAAAAAGAUAUAUUUGAAAAUAAAGAUACACAAAAAUCUUAUGAAUUAAAAUUAUUAGGAUAUAACAAAGAUGUAAUAGAUAGCGGCAACAAUAUAAAUUAUUUUCAAGACAAAAAAAAAAAUUCAAAUGAUAUGAAUAACUAUCUUAAAUAUACAAAUAAUAUUACAAACAAAGAGGAAACUAUUAAGAAAAAUAAAAAAAAUAUAUUAACGAAAUAUAAAAUGAAAAGAUUACAAGAUGGAGACGAAGAAAGGGAACAAGAAGAAGAACAACAACAAAGAAAAAAGAAAAAGGAAAACAAAAAUAAUUUUGAUAUAAAAGAAAGAAAAAAAAAUUCUAUUAUUGAAAAAUUUAAACAACAAGAACUAAAAUCAUGGCAACAUUAUUGGACACCUCUAUGUUUAACUAUAACUUAUUUAUGUAUAUCUAUAAUAUUUAUAAUAGUUGGUUUAACAUUUAUUAUUUUAUCUACAACAAGAAAAGAAUGUAAAAUACCUUAUAAUCAAUAUAAAAACGAUUCUUUAAUUUUAGAAAUAAAUGAAAAUUCUUGUUCUGGACCAAAAAGGCCAUUUAGAAAAAAUUCUUACAUUUAUUACGAAUUACAUAAUUUUCAUCAAAAUCAUAAAAAAUAUCUUAUUUCCAAAUCUCACAAUCAAUUAAUGGGAAAAAUAUAUACGAAAGCUAGCGAUGUGUCUCAAUGUUCCCCCAUUACUGAAAAUAAAGAGGGUAAAGUAUUGCAUCCAUGUGGUUUGGUAGCAAGAAGCGUAUUUAAUGAUACAUUUUCCAUUUACGCAGAUAAUUAUUUGAAGCAAAUAAUAGAAUUAGAUGAAUCAAAAAAAGCAAUUACAUGGUACAGUGAUUAUAAUAAAUUUAAAAAUCCAUCAGAAAGUGAAAUGUAUAUAUAUAGAGAACAAGUAGAUUUCUGGUUAAUGGAUAAAAAAUAUUUAACAAAUUUAAAUAUGAAUGAGGAAAACGGUUAUGGGGUUGAGAAUUCUCAUUUUAUUGUAUGGAUGAAAACAGCUGCUUUAUCGAAAUUUCGAAAAAAAUAUGCAAAAAUAAAAUCAGAAGUGGAAUUACCUAUUUAUGUAAAUAUAAAGAAUAACUUUCCCGUUAAUGAAUUUAAUGGAAAGAAGUACUUUAUUAUAGCAGAAGAUUCUGUUUUUAUUAACGAAAAAGUUCAGUCAAUAGGUAUUCUAUAUUUACUCAUUGGCUUGAUUUCUCUUUUUAUUGCAAUUUGCCUUAUGUAUAAUCAAUUGAAGCACCCAAGAAUUAUUGGGCAAAUAUAA